GUGGCGGGAGUGAUCACUGCGUGCGUGAUGGAGUACGCGGCCAUGCUGGGGUCGCCGGACCUGGUGUCUGGGUUGCGUGACCUGCUGGAGGACAGCGACGUGGCGGUGGUGAAGCGCACGCUGCGGGUGUUCGCUAAUGUGUACCGCCACGCCCUGCAGCUGCUGGCCGCCGGGGACCUGGACGAGGCCACCUUCAAGGCGGCGUGGCCGGCCGUGAGGGGCGUGGCCGAGCACGUGCUGGGGAUGCUGGCCACCAACGAGAACGAGGGCAUCACCGUGCAUCUCGUGCGAUUCCUGGAGGCAGCGCUGGUGGCGCACCUACUGUGUGACGUGAGCCGCUUCCCCGAGGUGGCGGCUCACGCGCCCAAGAUGGUGGCCAAAGGCGUGGCGGCACUGACGGAGCUCAUCUCCACCCCCUACGUGGGCGGCUCGGCCUACUUGGUGGCCGUGCGGGCCCUCAUCACGGUGGCCUGCUACAAACACGACCUCUGGGCCUCCGUCACCUGCCUCAUCGAGCGACAGAUCGCCUCGCCGCCGCCCACACUCUUCGACCACAACGUUCGUUCCCUACACAAGAUCCUGCAGCGAAACCUGUUCAGGUUGCUGCGGCGGGCAGACACCGCUGCGCUGCGCAGUCAACUCAUCGAAAUGAUGGUGACCGUGGGCGUGCCGCGCCGCAUGCUGGCCCAGUGGGCGCCGCCCGCUGAGGCCAGGAAGCGGCCGGCCCAGCCCCAGAGCGAGGACUCCAUCACGGGGCGUAACACCCCGCCCAACAAGCGGCCCCGCAGCGACGCCAACGACGCGGCCCCCGUCGCCCCGCGCGACCCACGGGAGGGACGCCCAUCCCGCGACCCCCGCGAUCCCCGCGACCCCCGCAUGAACAGCCAUACCAGGGACCCCAGGGACCCUCGCACGGUCCCGCGAGCCGACCCACGCCUCAGCACGCCCCAGGACCCGCGCGCGGCCGCCCCGGGACACGACGCAGCCAAGCCUAGCUCACGCCCCGCCUCGCCGCCCACCUCAGGCAGCCCCCCACUCCGCGCCGAGGCUCCCGCCGCCGCCGCCGCAGCACCUCCCCCGACAAGUUCGCCGCCUCCCGUCAAGAGAAAGGAGUCGGUGUCCAACUUUGAGUUCCUGAAGAGCCUCAUCGCCAGCAAGAAGCAGGCCUCGGCGUCCUUCCUGGAGACGUGCUCGGAGAAGGAGCGGGCGCUGUACCAGCGUCUGGACCACCCCAGCGUGGUGCGCCUCGUGCUGUCGUGUCUGGACAGCGUGCCGGACAGCCCCCCCGAGGACCUGCUGAGGAAGCUUGGCCGCCCCUCCGGGGACGUGACCGGCAUCAGGGAGCAGCUGACCAGCCUGUUGGCGCCGCACAUUCACACGGACUUCAUCAGCAGCCUCAACGACGAGGAGGCCAGCGCGCCGCCCUCUCGCCCUUCCUCGACCUCUUCCACUUUUUCAGCCCGCGCCUCGCCCCCCCAGAGCGAGGCGUCGGCCCCCUCGCCCCCCUCCUCCGCCCGCUCCACGCCCUCAGACCCCGCCCAGAUGUGUCACUCAGACGUGGACCUGCGGCACUUGCUCAACCGCGGCUUCCACACCACCGGCGACGUGGACAUGCGGGACACGCGCCACCUGCUGCCCCGCAACCCCCUGCCCCCCGCCCCCGCGUCCGCCGAUCCCCGAGAGGCGCCGCGCCGCGCCGACCCCCGCGCCGACCCCCGCGCACCCAUCCCCACCAGCACCAGACUGGAUCCCCGCAUUGCCAUGCCCGAACCCCGCCGCGGCCUGCUCGACGCCGGCGAGGCCCCCGGCGGCGGCGGCCUGGACCCCCGCCUCACCCAGGCGUACAGCGACUCCCAGGAAGCCCUGCUGGGGGAGCGCGGCGGGCCCUUCAUGGAGGGCGCGCGGCCGCCCUACCUCGGCGGCCCGCAUCACCAGCCGCCCCCGGGCUACAUGGCUGGCGGGCCCCAGCGGUACGUCGAGGGGCCGCGGCCCCCCUUUCUGGAGGGCGGCGGCGGCGGCAUGAUGGGCAUGAGGCACGGCUACGACAUGCCCACCUACGAGGGACAGUACUCCAACCCUCCCAUGGGGGGCCCCCUGGGCGGCCCCCCUCACGACGCAGGCUACAUGGGGCCCCGCGGCAUGAUGGGGGGCGGACCACGGGGCAUGGGGGGGCCCUGGCAGGGGGGCGGAAUGCCCCACCACGGCAGGAUGGGCGUCAUGAUGCCCAUCAUGAACGGCGGCUCAGCCAUGUUCUCGCCCCCCAUGCACCUAUAACACGCGCCCCCCCUUCCCCAUCCCCGCCCCCCCUGGCCCCCCUGCUUUGUACCUAUGUAAUACUGUCUGCCAAACAGCCGGCCCUUCCUGCCAACCCGGCCGAGAGAGAGAGAGAGAGAGAGAGAGAGAGAGAGAGAGAGAGAGAGAGAGCGCAUGUAUGAUCUUUUUUCAGUAACGUAAUAGUAACAUCAGCGCCAGCCACCUGCAGCCGCCCCCGCCGCCACCUGUGUCACACCUGUGCACACACACACACACACACACACACACACACACACACACACACACACACACUUUAAAAUGUCGACUUCUUUUGUCUCAGUUUUCAUCGAGUUUUUUGUUGCCUCCGAGCGUUUAUAAUAUUUGUGUCAUGAACAUUCCACUCAUUAACGUUUCUUGGGUUAGACAUUGUAUUUAUUUAUUAAUUUAUUUGGGUAUUUACUUAGUAAUUUAUUUAUUUCGGGGUUAAGGCGGGUUGACACGCAGUUGCUGCCCUUGAAACUGUGUGUGUGUGUGUGUGUGUGUGUGUGUGUGUGUGUGUGUGUGUGAGAGAGAGAGAGAGAGAGAGAGAGAGAGAUCAUUUCAUGUAUCUUCUUUUAUACAUUAACAUUUAAAGGAUGGUCGUUGUCAAGGAGUCUUUAUAAGGAUUUUGUAAAAGUUAAAUAUGGUUUCUGUUUCACACACACACACACACACACACACACACACACACACACAUACACACACACACACACUCUGUCUGUGAUAUUCCCGUUCCGUGUGGAAUACAUAAACUUGUACAUAGCAAGCUGUGUCGGCCAGUGGAAAGCGUCGCGUACAGAGUUGUGAUCAGUGAGUCCGUCAUAGCAUCCUCGCCCCGUGUACACAGGGAUCCACACCACUCAUCGCAUCACCCACGGGUAGCUCGUCAUGUGGAGUGUGUUGUAACGUUAAGAGGUUCUGCCCGAAUCUUGAAAAAUGUAAGGGCACCAAAGUUAUAUUUGUACUGGUAUCUUUUUGUAUUCAAUAAAGGAAGUAAGAGAAA